AUGCCUGUCGUCAAGGGUGGUGUGUGGACCAACAUUGAGGACGAAAUCCUCAAGGCCUCCGUCUCCAAAUAUGGCCUGAAUCAGUGGGCGCGCGUGUCUUCGCUGCUCGCACGCAAGACGCCCAAGCAGUGCAAGGCUCGAUGGAACGAAUGGCUCGAUCCCAGCAUCAAGAAGAUUGAAUGGAGCAAGGACGAAGAUGAAAAGCUACUGCAUCUCGCCAAGAUUAUGCCCACCCAGUGGCGCACUAUCGCUCCCAUCGUCGGCCGCACUGCCAACCAAUGUCUCGAGCGAUACCAAAAGUUGCUGGAUGAGGCCGAAGCCCGCGAAUCAUCCAGCCUCGGGCUGAUGGGCCCUGACGGCGGCGAAACACAGGCGCCCAGUGCUGAUGAUGUUCGGAGAUUGCGACCUGGCGAGCUGGACCCCGACCCCGAAUCGAAACCUGCUCGGCCAGACACCAUCGACCUCGACGAGGACGAAAAGGAGAUGCUAAGUGAGGCUAGAGCCCGUCUAGCCAAUACACAGGGUAAAAAGGCCAAGAGAAAGGCCCGAGAGCGUCAACAAGAAGAGUCACGACGCAUGGCAACCCUCCAGAAGAGACGUGAGCUCAAGACGGCCGGCAUCAAUAUCAAGGUUACGACGCGCAAGAAGGGCGAGAUGGACUACAAUGCGGAUAUUCCAUUCGAAAAGAAAGCAGUUCCCGGUUUCUACGAUACAACAGACGAGAAAUCGCUCAAUGAGGCAGCGCUGAAAGCUUUCGACCCCCAAAAGCAGCUCGCUGGUAAGCGCAAGGGUGACGAAGGCGACGAGGGCGAGAGGAAGAAGCGAAAGGGCGACAAGGAGACCCAAUCCGAUACACAAAAGGCUGCCAUCAAGGCCGGUCAAAUGCAGAAGAUACGAGAGGCGGAGCAAGUCAGCAAGCGACGCGCCUUGAAUCUGCCUGCGCCACAGGUCAGCGAGGGCGAACUCGAAAAUAUCGUCAAGAUGGGCAAGAUGGGCGAGGCUGCCAACACCCGAGCGCGACAGAGCGACAACGAUGCCACUCGCGGCUUCGUCAACACAUAUUCGACUCUCAACAGCGAGACACCAAUCCGUACACCUAGAGCUCCCGAGCAGGAGGACCAUAUCGCCAACGAAAUUCGAAAUAUCCGAGCGCUAAACGACACCAAGUCUGCCCUCCUCGGCGGAGAGAACACUCCUCUGCACGAAGGAACGAGUUCGACUGGAUUCGACGGCAUUGCCCCCAGAAAACAGACGACGGCGACCCCCAACCCCAUGGCUACGCCAAUGGCUGCCAACAAUGUCGGCGCAACUCCAGGGCGUCCCGGUCAAACGCCUCGGGAUACCUUUGCGCUGAAUCGCGAUGGUAGCAUGUCAUUGGUUUCGGCGACACCACAAGAUAUCAGAAACCAUGAAAUGUCUAUGCGCAGCCAGCUGCGAUCAGGUCUCGCUGCGCUGCCAAAGCCUAAAGAUAUGGAAUUUGAGCUGGAGCUUCCUGAGGAGCAGGCCGAAUCCAUGACCGCUGAAGAGAGACAAGAAGAUGCCGCGGACCGGGAUCGUCGAGCGCGGGAACGCCAGGCAGCCAUUGACGAGCUGGAACGACGACGAAGAACACAAGUCAUGCAGCGCGACCUGCCUCGGGCACUAGUAGUUGAUGUUUCGAUGCUGCUCAAGAGCGCUAGCAGUCUAGAGAACGAAGCCGAGUCACUGAUUGCUCAGGAAGCAGCAGCUCUGAUGGCCAAUGACGCCACCAGUUUCCCUCUGCCUGGGUCACAGGUCAAGGGAACUGCCAAACCGCUCCUCCACAUCGACGACAACUCGCUGGCUGACGCGCGCCUUCUCAUAAUGGCCGAGACUCAGAAGCUGCCAGACUUUAAGAGCAUUCAGUCCACCUUCACGAGCCGCGCUACGGAUGACACGAUGCUGGGUCUUGGCUGCUAUGCCGAUGCCGACGAAGAAGAGCAGCGAAGCGCCAUGCUAGCUUCCUUCCACGUUUGCGAGGACUCCAUCAUAUCGCUGGCUGAAUCCGGCGCCAAGCUGGAGAAGAAGCUCAGUCUCCACCUCGGUGGCUACCAGAAGCGUCAAAAGAUGCUCAAGGACAAGACGGUCGAUGCAGCCGAGGCGCUGGAAAAGGCCCGCAUUGCGCUGAGCGGCUUCAAGACGCUGGCCAUUUCCGAGGACGUUGCUGUCAACAGGCGUCUCGAGUCUCUACGCGAAGAGCUGGCGUUUGUCAGCCGUCGUGAGCGCGAGGCGCAGGAUAAUUAUCGCAGGGCAAAGGACGAGCUGGAUACGCUAACGGCGGGCCGAGGCGCCAAUGGAUACCAUCAUUGA